CGGGCCAAUCAGAGGGCAUUGAUUCUAUCCCGGCCAACGAUUGGCUGUUGCUCGUGAUUGCUCAUGCUCGCCCACCCGUGGUCGACGCUGGUGCUCGGCGCGGCCUUGGGAGCUGCCGCCGCUGCCUACUGCGCGUCACCGAGCAACCCAGACGCCGAGCUGUUGGCGACGAUCGCCGAACUCGAGACGAAGCUCGAGAAGGAGACCAAGCUGCGCGCUCAGGAGCGGCUCGGGCGCACCAACGCGGAGCGCGACGCGCGGCUGAUUGCGCAGCAGCAGCUGGACCGCGACGGCUACAACUUUGAGCCGAUCGGGUCGGUCGAGUCGUGCUUUGCGGACCGUCGCGGUACGCCCCGCCAAGGCGCGCUCGUACCCGCGUCCAAGGGCCGCAUCCGCCUCGUCACGAGCGUCCCGCCGGCGUCGCUCGAGUGCCUCGACCAGUUCAGCCACGUCUGGGUCCUCUUUGUCUUCCACGAAAACACCAACGUGUCCAAAGUGGCGGCCAAUAAGAAGACGACGUAUCCGGCUAAGAUUGCGCCGCCGCGGCUUGGCGGGAAGAAGGUCGGUCUCUUCUCGACGCGGACGCCGCACCGCCCCAAUUCGAUCGGGCUCACGGUCGUCAAGCUCGAUGCUGUCUACGAUCGGACGAUCGAGAUCAGCGGCCACGACUUUGUGCACGGCACGCCCAUUCUGGACGUCAAGCCGUACGUGCCGUACGACCGCGUCGACGACCUCGAGUGCCCCGAGUGGGUCAUGGAGCGCCACGACAUUCUGCCGCGACCGGUCGAGUUUGCCGACGAAGCGUUGGCGCAGCUAGAAGCAGCCAUCAACUCCAAGCGGCUCGAGUUUUACCACAGCGUCGACGAGCUCAAGGACGCGAUCGCUCAGAUCCUCGUCCUCGACAUUCGCAGCGUGCACCAGAAGCGCGGUGAGGCGACCGAGGCGCUUUUUUCGUUCCGCCUCGACAAACUCCGCAUCGAGUUUGCGACGCUCGAGGCCAGCAUCCGCGUCGUCCAGUGCGCCUUUGACACCAUAUAGCUUGACGAGAAAAGAAGGUGUCACCACACGUUGAAUGACAUAUUCCGAUACAAGGAAGAGUUGACGUAGUGAUGUUGAAGACAGCAAACUCUACGGCAUAUCCUCAGAUAUGAGACGUCCUUCUGUAUGGGCUGGAUAGAUCUCUUGCGAUACUUUAACUUGUGCAACGGCAAUAUAACGCAUGUUCAGGAG